AUAUAUAAAUCUACAUAUGUGUGUAUAUAUAUAUGUACAUACAUACACAAAUAUACAUAAAGGAGGGAAAAUAAAUUGUACAUACGAAAUUUUAAUUCUAAUUCUCUCAAAAAUAAAAGUUUAUCUGUGCAAUUAAUGCAUCCUGUAAGGAGCAACAUGUUUCUCGUAUGCGUAACUGUGGGCCUUGUACUUUUGGCCUCCAAAUACCACAAAAAUGUCUUUCAAAGUGUUAGACAUCUCUGUCAAUGUAUAAACAAUAAAAGCUGUAAGCAAAGUGAUAAUAAGAAGAAAGAUCUUAAAAUCACAUUGGACAAAAUCAUUUUAGCUGAUACUCCAGAAAAAUGUGAUUAUGCUAUUCAACGUAUUCAUCGUAACUUGUCUAAUGAUGUGCUGGGUUUUGAUUGCGAAUGGGUCAAUGAAGGAUCUGUUUCUUUACUUCAACUUGCUACAUUUAAUGGAGUAUGUGGCCUUUUUCGCAUUGGCAAAAUUGGAUAUAUUCCUCAAAAAUUGAAAGAUUUACUAGCUAAUAAAGAUAUUCUUAAAGUAGGAGUUGCUUCAUAUGAGGAUGGACAGAAGAUAUUAGCAGAUUACGGAUGUAGAGUUAGCAGUACAAUUGAUUUAAGGACAUUAGCAGCACGAGUGAAGUUACCAAGCCCACAAAGUUUAGCUGCAAUGAGUUUGCAAUAUUUAGGCUUGGAAAUGGAUAAAUUAAUAGAAGUUAGGUGUAGCAAUUGGGAUGCUGGCACUCUUACUGACGAGCAAGUAGCAUAUGCUGCUUGUGAUGCAAUUGCAUCUGUUCUUAUUUAUGACCAAAUUACACAGAAAAUGAAGGAGAAGUAUUCAUUGUGGGAAAUCUUAAAAAAUUAUAUAAAAAAUAUGUGUAAUAAAAAUCUAAAUAUGCAUUUUCAUUGUGUUCCUAGUGAUGUAAUUAAUACGAGGUUCAAGGCUCAACGUGAACACACAACUAUUAAUGAGAAAAACACAGAAAAUAAUUAUUUUGGCAAGAUUACCAGAAAUUGCAAAACAAAUAAUAACACUAUACGUAAAAAUAAUGUACCUACAAGAAAUAAACCAUUAUAUCAUAAUUGUUACUUACAAGCACCAGAUGGAGAAAUAUUAUGUACAUGUGAUCGUAAAAAAGCAGAAUGGUAUCUUACAAAAGGAUUAGGAGAAGUAAUUGAAAAGGAACCACUUACCGUCAGGUUAAAAUUUGAACCUUCUGGGCGAGCUUUAGGACAGGUUGGACAGUAUUACACACAAAUUAAAAUCAAUCAGUGUGUGGUUUGUGGAACAUCAGAUAAGUUUAUUAGAAAAAACGUUGUACCUCGAGAAUAUCGUAAAUAUUUUCCAUUGGUGAUGAAAGCACAUCAAUCUCACGAUAUAUUAUUAUUAUGUCCAUCUUGUCAUGAAAUAAGCAAUUAUCACGAUCUGCAGCUCAGAAGAAAGCUAGCAGACAUGUGCGACGCACCUUUAGUUGGUCCAUUGACACAUAUACGUAAUAAAAAUGUAAAUAAUUCGAGGAAGUUACAUUCAGCUGUUAAAGCUUUAAGAGAAAGAACAACUUUGCCUGAUGCACGACGCAAAGAUUUAGAACAUUAUAUUUUAGAAUGUACAAAUGAGGAACAAGUUACACCAAUUCUGCUUGAUGUAUUAAACAAAAAAUUAGAGAAUACAAUAUCAGUACCCAAUCCUGAUCAACCUAAAUGUCAACCUCAUGGUUUAAAGGUUGUUCAAUAUUUUCAUAAAAAGGAAGGAGGUUUAGUAGAAUUGGAACGUAUGUGGAGGGAACAUUUUCUUCUGACUAUGAAGCCAAAGUAUCUACCAAAUCUAUGGUCUGUUCAUCACAAUCAAGAAAGAUUAAUUAUUCAUCAAUCACAGAACAGAAUUAAAGCAGAGGAUGCAAAGGUAGCUGGUUUGGCAUACUGAAUUUUAAAUAUUAUGUACCUAAAGGACUCGUAUAAGAGCGAGUACUUGUAUUAAAAGACUGUUACACAAA